AUGCCCCCCGCCCGAAAGCAGCACUUCUUCCACCUUCCACCGGAGCUCCGCAAUAACGUAUACCGUGAGGUAUUUUCUCAUCCCAGAUGCAACGCUCAGGCUCUGCGAGUGUGCAAGCUGUUCUACCGCGAAGCCUUGCCCUUCCUAUACAGCCACCAAUUGAUCUUUCGAUCGCAGACCAGCCUAUAUGAAUGGGUUGCAUCAGCGGAGACCAUCCAAGUGUCUUGGGUCAAGGCUAUCCGGCUGUGUAUCCGCAAUAUUGAUCUUUCACCAGUACUGGACAGCGUCAGCAGUCAACCGCCUCUUCGGCCACGGAGCCCGGAACUGAUUAACCAAGAGUUGGAAAGAUUAGAACAGGCCCUUACCCGGCUUACUGGCCUCUGUGAGCUUACGAUGGACCCAAUCCAGACCACUUCACCGAGAUCACACCAGCGUCUCGCUCUAUGUUCCUCGUUCCUCGAGCUUGCCGCACGCCGUUCUCCUCACCUCCGCCGUCUCUCAUUUAUCAGCGAUAAGCAUUCUAUUAUAUGUGUACAAGGUCUGCGCAACCUUCAGUCAUUACACAUCUCCGGUUAUUUGCCGAACACUCCGGCUGAGACACUUGAGGUACUUUUCAGUCUGCCGCAUCUGACAGAGCUUGAGGUCGACAACACGUUCAGACUGUACGAUAGUGCUGGCGUCUACCAUGGCAGGAAACCGCACCUGUCGUUCACCCCGGACGUGCUUCGGAGGAUGAGGCCGCUUAAGAGCUUCGGCAUCUACGAUUUUGGCUGGACCACAAUCACUCCCGUCAACGGAUCUAAACAGCGUUCCCCAGAAGACCAAGGGGUAUUUGUGAACCCUGAGAUGCUUCAAGCCUUGUACGACACUCAUCUUACCACUCUUGAGAGACUCCGAAUCUCGGGCGACGGAAGUCCUGAGACAAAGAUGGUAGACGCGCUUAGAGUGCUGCUUAGAGCCUCCCGUAUUGAGCAUUUCGAAACCUCCAUACCAGCCUUCGUAUCUUCGAUCUACGUAAACUCACUGCCGCCGACGCUCAGAUCGUUACACGUGGACAAUGACUAUCCAAUGUUCUUCGUCGAAUGGUCACAGGAGCUUCUGAGCCGUAAGACAUGCGGCGCUUUGCCUAUGCUUGGCGAAGUGGUGUUGUGUUGUCCGCAUCACUGCUCUGAAGAUGCGGACCUAAGGAAGUUUGGUUUCGACAAAUACGCUAUUAGUGAGCAUGUUCGCGCCUUCCGAGAGGAGGGCGUGAGGUUAAAUGCAGAAGCACGACUUUGGUCUAGCGUCUACGCUUCAGGCACCAUAUCUCAUAGUAGACAGACUGAGUCAACUGUCCCAAGCAUACUGUGA